UUUACUUACGACUUGUGUAGUUUGCAAAUCUACUGCCGAAUUUUUUUCCUUUAAUUAUGGCGUUUUUUGGUUUAACCGGUCUUGGUUAUCAGGAUUCUAUUAAAUCAAGGUUGGCAGAAAAACGUCCAGCUACUUGCCCUGUAUCUACAGGGUCAUCAGAACCUAAACCAGCACCGCUUAAACUGCCGCCAAUUCCUAAUACUGGCAGAGUUACAGAUCAUUUUAAUAACUACACAAAUCCAACCGCUGGAAAUGAAAGAAGUUAUUCUAAACACAUAACAUUGCUGAAGAAACAUGUCAGAUCUGGAUAUUCACCAAACGAAUUAUAUCGGAUCCCACUUACCGAUGCCAACAACUUUGGUUGGUGGAUUGCUAACGAUGGGACACCACCUGCUAAGACUUAUCCAUGGGCCCGUACAGCUAGAUAUGUUCAUUGCAGUAGUGAGAUGACAAGCUUUGUGGAUGCCAUGGCCCUCACAAAUCGAGAAUUUUCGCUCUUUUAGUUUAACCUUGCCGCUGCCUUUCAAGCCAUAAUACUUCCACUGUUUUCCUUCAUGCACUCUUGCUUUUAAAACUCUUCAGUUUAAAUACAACUUUAGUUUAGUGGAUUGUUAGUUUUUAUAUGUGUUUACUGUGAUCUAGCGCUUAACUUUGCUUAUCUUGCUUACUAGUUUUAAUUGUUGUUUGUGGUGUAAUAAAUAACUGAUAAUAAAUAAAUAACUUCUAUAAAGAAAUUUUGUAUUUGAUUUAAUAACUGCCACUUAUUUUGUGGAGUGGCAGAAGUUAGCAUAAUAGUACAUAUUAUAUAGCAAAGUGAUAAGUUAAUAUAUGCAUAAAUUCAUUUACUCGAAAAACAGAUUCGCGUUGUUAUUUAAAUUUUUUAUUUAUAACAUGGGGUUACACCUAGCGCGACCAAGCGGCGGUUAUAAAACACAAGCUGGUCCUGCGCGCAUA